UUCCAUUUAAAGGUUUGCUUUGAUGCAAUCUUGAAGAGAUGAAAUUUUUGUUGGAGUUUGUAACAUGUUGUUCCUCGCCAAGGCUCCAUCCCGACGAUGAAAAGUCCUUUGUGCUACCGGCACCACCGGCACCAUCUCCAGCAUCAUCUCAUGUUGCUGCUAAUAAUUCACACACUUCACGCACACGUCGUCGUACAAAGCGGCCAAAGAAAAAGGUUAGCAGUCAAGAUUGGAGGCCAUCAUUAGGAGCGAUUGCAGAGGACAAUACGAUCACGGGAACGACACCACCACCAACGAGAGGGGGUCGACGGAGCACAUCUACAACUGUUUCAGGAAGGGAUGUUAAGAGAAAGAGCAAUGGCGGUGGCAGUGGCCGUUGUGAUGGCGGUGUCGUCCCUCCCUCUAGUAGCGUGAAGGUUCGCCCACGUAGUCACAACGACCGUCAUUAUAGGUCACCUACCAUCCCUACUAUUAUCCCUCCAUUCUCUGCAUCGCCAUUCAUGUUCUGAUUUUUUCAAACAUCAUAGUUCGUUGGAUUCAUGAAAAGCAAAU